AUGGAAGAGCUCCAGCAUUUUUCCCAUGAAUGUGCGUUGACUUCGCAAGAGAUCGUAGCGGAAAACAUCUGCAGCAUUUGCUACAAAGACAAACCUGUCCAAUUCGCUUGUAAGCCUUGUAAUUUCAAUCUAUGUAAAUCUUGCUCCGAUCUGCCACAGAAGGUGUCACAUGAGUUUCACUCAGAACAUCCUCUAGAGUUUUGUCUAGGCCAACAUGAACGAAAGCCUGGAUACGUCGUAUGUUCUGGGUGUGGGGACAUGGCUUCUGGAUCCUUCUACGAGUGUAAAGAAUCCACAGCCACAUGCUUAGGAGGAGCCGACCAGGACCAGACGCUAAGGGCUCUUGCACACUUUGUGAGCUUCCUCUCUCUCCGUCUUCAAUAUGCUAAGGUUGUGUCCAUUGCUACUCGUUUUUCCACGAGGUAUGCCUUGAUCUUCCCACAGAGAUUCAACAUCCGGUGCAUCCGAGACACCCUCUUAGACGCCUUGACUUCACACAGUCUUGUGGAGAUGGAAAAUAUUGCAAUGCGUGCAAACUUCAUAUCGACGGUGUUCCAUUUGGUUGCCUAG